GGAAAUUAGUUGUCUGGUUCUCAAAUCUUUUAUUUUUGUCAUUCCCAUUGUGUGCUGUUCUAUUCAUUUCUAAAGGAAAAUGGGAUCAUCACCACCUCGAGGCUCAGCCUCUAAGCUGUUCACUCCACUCGCCAUCUGCAAUGGAAAAAUCAAUCUUUCACACCGCGUAAUCAUGGCUCCAAUGACCCGAAAUCGAGGCAUUCCCCUGAACGAAAGCACAACCGAGAACCCUAACCGAAUUUGGGUGGCAGAUGAGUUGAUAGCCAAAUAUUACGGCCAACGCGCUACACCCGGCGGGUUACUCGUGACAGAAAGUAUCAUGCCAUCUCCCGAGGCAGGAGGGAUGCCUGGUGUACCUGGAUUAUGGCUGAAAGAACACGGCGAAGGAUGGAAAUUGACGACAAAAGCAGUCCACUCCGCCGGCGGCAUAAUUUUCGCCCAGCUAACCCACCACGGCCGCUGCGCACUCUCAAUCUUCACUUCGACACCCAUCCACUCCGCCUCCGCAACCCCCUACUCCACCGACGAGAAAUACGCCUAUCCCGCGCACGGCAAACCGUAUUCCGAUCGCGUAUUCAUGAAAGACCAUCCCCCAACCGCAAUGACGAAAACAGACAUCGAGCGCACUAUCAAGGACUACGUCUCCGCAGCUAGGAUGGCGGUCAAGGAAAGUGGUUUCGAUGGCGUGGAGUUACAUGCCGGGAACGGAUAUCUCGUUGAGCAGUUCUUGAGCUCGAAUGUUAAUAUAAGGACGGAUGAGUAUGGAGGCAGUCCCGAGAAGAGGUGUAGAUUUGCGUUGGAGGUGCUGGAGGGGUUAGUGAAGGAGGUCGGGAUGGAGAGGGUGGCGGUGAGGUUUAGUCCGUGGGGCGUGUAUGGGGAUGUGCAUGAUGAGGCGAGGUUUGAGACCUGGAGUUUUCUUUGCAGGGAGAUUGCGAGGAGGUGGCCUGGUUUUGGGUAUGUGAGUUUUGUGGAGGCGAGGCAGGAUGAGUUGGAUGCGAAUCCUGAUGUUAAGAAUUCUUGGGGUGUGGAUAGACCGAUUGAUUUGAAGUGGGCGAAGGAGAUUUUGGGGAACAUCAAAGUUAUCAGUGCGGGUGGGUGGGAUGGUGAGACGUGUUGGGAGGGGAUUGAGAGGGGAGAUGUGGAUGGGAUUGUUUUUGCGAGGUGGUUUGUUAGCAAUCCGGAUUUGGUGGAGAGGUUGAGAGGAGGGAAGGAGUUGAGUAUGUAUAACAGGGGGAAGUUUUAUGGUCCGACGAGUAAGAGAGAAGUGGGGUAUACAGAUUAUGGAACGUGGGAAGAAGUCGAGGCUGCGAGAGAGUGUGACAAGACGGAGGUUUAGAUCGAAUUGAAACAAAAUUCAGUAUCAGACAUAGCCAUGGUCGCCAGUAAGAGUCUGAGGAGAAAUCAUCCUGGUGUUGAUAAAGUAAGUGUGGAAGCUAUUUCCCAGACUCGAGGGAAAAUCCAGCUCGUCAAACCUCAAAGAGGCGCGAUUCUAGUGGAUAGAUAUACAUCGCCGCAGAUUUAUUGGCUUUCAAGUCGCAACCCCGCUAUGAAAUUACCUCGCUAUCAACGCAAACUCCAAAGUCGAUGCUCGAAACACAACAGCAAGAGAUACAGACAAGAGAUACCAAAGUCACAAAUAACGUGAGACAUUGGGAUUAG